ACCUAUGCAAACGCGCGCCGAAGAAACAAGGAAGGGAUCCGGCAGAAAUGGACAGAGAGUUGGAAUAGAGACGUGGCAGCACAGACCGGACGCUUCGCUAUCGCAAAUCGACUCCCACCAACGCUCAAACCUCGCCAACACUUCACUCAUACUCCUCGAGAAGUAUACGGCCGUCUUAUACAAUGUCGCACAGGACACAGAUUCAUUGGAGAAUACUAUGCCGCAUUCGUCCCCACCGAACCCACCCUCUGCCCAUGUGGAGAACUACGUCAAACACGAGAACAUAUCCUACGUGACUGCCCGCAAUUCACGCGACAGCGCAUCCAUUUACGUGAGGUAUCCUACAACAUCAUACUCAAUGAAAUAUUGGGUACGGAAAAGGGCAUAAAGGCAUUAGCGAAAUUUAUUGAAGAAUCCAGCGCAUUCAAGAAG